AAUUACGAGUCUUGUUGUAAAAUUGUGAAUCAAAAUCCAGUGAUUUCGUGGAUUCUAGCGUUCCUAACGUUUUCCAGGAAUUAAAACUGCAACUAGACAUGCAAUAACGUUGUUUUGACUUAUAUUACUUGUGAUUUGGACAUUGGAUUGCGAGUAAUCAUGGCGAAUAAUCGUAUCCCCUCUGGCCCGAAUACGCCUGGUAGUCAACAGACUCCUACCCAACAAGGAAUAAAGAUAUUUGUACAAAGGGACUAUUCUGAAGGCACGGCAGUUAAAUUCCAGACUAGAUUUCCACCUGAACUAGAAGAUAGAAUUGAACGACAAACCUUCGAGUAUACUAUGGAAAGAUUAAAUGAACAUUUUGAGAUGGCGGAGACAGCAGACUGCAGUACAUAUUGUGAAGGCUGCUUGGCUUGUUUAACAGCUUAUUUCAUCUACAUUUGUACUGAAACGCAUUAUGAAAAGCACCUCCGGAAAGUGUCAAAAUUCAUAGCAACCCAAAAUGAGCGGGUGUACAACCCCAAAGGCAUCCACAUCACAGACCCGAUCCUCCGGGGGCUCCGGGUCAUCGAGAUCACGAUCAUUGACAUGCCCAACUAUCAGAGUCCCACAGGGAACUCCAAUCAGAUCCGGCACACUUGACCACCACAGGAAAAUCGGGAGUUCUUCAUGUAACAGUUACGGUACUGGUUUUAAAUACGUUUAUGCCAGUUAAAACAAUGUGAUUUUUGGAAAUUUUAUCUAUAUAAGGUAAUGGCUUUUGGAAAGUUAAAAUAAGGUUUUGGUUACGCCACGCCAAAAAAUGUUUGGCAAGACAGAUAAUUGUAAUUUUAAACGAUAACGGAUUUAAUACAUUCCCUGCGCCAAUUCUUGGGUUGCCAAAGGUUCUUUACGAUGCCACCGCAAACGCUAAGAUGAUAUAAGAUACAGAUAUUCAAGUAAGCUUUCUGGGAAUGAUAAAAUUUAUGGUGUUGACUUGUUGAGCAUUUAUUUGUACACGCGACUUAGUAUUAAAACGAAGUACUAUUUCUAGGACACUUUUUAGGGUUCCGUACCCAAAGGGUAAAAACGGGACCCUAUCACUAAGACUUCGCUGUCCGUCUGUCACCAGGCUGUAUCUCAUGAACCGUGAUAGCUAGACAGUUGAAAUUUUCACAGAUGAUGUAUUUCUGUUGCCGCUAUAACAACAAAUACUAAAAAGUACGGAACCCUCGGUGGGCGAGUCCGACUCGCACUUGGCCGAUUUUUUAAUUAUAACAAACCAUCUGGCUAAAUAUAGCUCUUUGUCUCUGAACCUUUUUUUUGUGGCGAAAGUAUAUUUUGUGGUAAACUAGCCUUUGAUUGGCCCCUUUUUUGCAUGAAUCUUCUUAGUCAAGUGUGCCAAUAAUAGCAAAUAUCGGAUGGCAACGUCCUUCAUAUUUUAUAGCUUAAAUGUGACAUUUUCAAGCAAAAGGUACCACAUUGUCGCUUAUCAUAAGGACGAAAUUUGUUUGUAUCUUUAUCCGCGUAAGGCCCACCAUACAGUUUCCCUAUUUAUAAUUUGAACCUUGUUGUAUAAUGGAUUAGGGUGACUCGUUUGUUUUACAAAACAAUGAAACAAAAGAAAUACUACUUUAUGUAGUUUUUGAAAGGUUCAAAUUAGAUUGAAGCAAAGUUUACAUUGUAAUGCACAUUGGGCCUUACGAGGUUAUACGAAUAAUCUGCCAGAGCGUCUAUGGUAAGUAUGGUAAGCGUCAAUGUGGUACCUUGUGCUUGAAAACGAUACAAAUCAUUAAAAUUUAGAUAUUGUUUUUGCUCAUACUUAAACACUAGCUUCCAUGACAUUCUGUGCACAUUUUUUUGCGCAGCGUAGCCAACAUUUUUAUAUAUAAUCAUUGAUGAGCUUAAGACAUCUGAAGUAGUACUCGUUAACAUAGUUUCCAGAUAAAGGAUUAAACCGAACACAUUGUAAGCUAUGCUCGGCUAAACAUUUGUGGCUUUCCAUUAGAGAAGGGUCGUUAUGCUUUAUGUGCAAUAAGCCUUUUUAUCAGAAUUUCAGUUGGAAUUUCAGAUAAAAAGGACCUUAUCACACUUGAAGCAUAAGGACUCUUCUGUACUCUUUCAAGAGAACGGGUUAAAAAUAAGGUUUAAGCCCGUGGUACUUAACUUUUUUUAUGCCACAGAGACGGUUUUGCCUU